AAGAGAAAUUACAUAAAAGUUCUACAAAUAAUUGCAAAUUUUAUUUAAAGUUUCGCUUAAGAAUGCUUAGAAAAAUGAGCUAAAAAUUUCGCCCAGUAUUGACAGUUUAUGAGACGAAGUGUUUUUACUUUAAAAUUCAAGUUUGUAGUGUGAAACAUUUGAGUACGCAGCAUUGGAAUCAACACAUCUGAAUACUUGUACCUCAAAAAUAAUUGAAAAUGUCACAAUUCCAGAGUGGCCAUGGAGAAUAUGUCUGGGUCAAAACUCAAAACAACAACAGUGAAUUCUCGGUACCUUUCGGGGCACGAAUUAUACGAACAGACAAAUCAAAAACUUUAAUCUGCAAAGAUGACGACGUACAGUUUUGGGUACCCUCCUGUGAUAUUGUGAAAGCAAUGCACUUGACAUCACAAAAUGGAGUUGAUGAUAUGAUCACAUUGGGAGAUCUACAAGAAUAUGCCAUUUUACGAAAUUUAGAAAUGCGUUAUAAAAAAAAACAAAUUUAUACUUACACUGGUUCAAUGUUGGUUGCCAUAAAUCCCUAUCAAGUUCUGCCUAUCUAUACAAAGCGUGAAAUUAAUUUAUAUCGGAACAAGAAAAUCAACGAACUACCUCCUCAUAUUUUUGCGAUUAGUGAUAAUGCAUUCCAGGAAAUGAAACGUGAUAAAGCAAAUCAAUGCAUAGUCAUCAGUGGUGAAUCUGGUGCUGGCAAGACCGAGAGCACAAAACUCAUACUACAGUACUUGGCUGCUAUUAGUGGCAAACAUUCCUGGAUAGAACAACAAAUCAUUGAAGCCAAUCCGAUAAUGGAGGCGUUUGGUAACGCCAAAACUGUACGCAAUGAUAACUCCUCUCGCUUUGGUAAAUACAUCGAUAUUAGAUUCACUGCUGAGGGCAGUAUACAGAGUGCCAAAAUCGAGCAAUAUUUAUUAGAAAAGUCGCGCAUUGUCUCACAAAACCGGGAUGAAAGAAACUAUCACAUAUUCUAUUGUAUGUUAGCUGGUUUAAGUAAAGAAGAGCGCAAUAAACUGGAACUCUUGGAGACAUCCCCAACCAAGUACUUUUAUCUGGCGCAAGGUGGCAGUGGAAACUUAGCCGGUAAAAAUGAUGCCAAAGAUUUUAUUGAUAUGCGCGCGGCUAUGCAAGUACUAUCCUUUAAACCGGAAGAGUCGUGGUGUAUAUUUAGUCUACUCGCGGCGAUUUUACACUUAGGAAAUAUGUAUUUUAAGGCUAUUGUUGUACAAAAUAUGGACGCUGCCGAAGUUGAUGAUGAACUCAAUUUGAACAGGGUUGCUAAACUAUUAGGAAUAAAAAAGGAUUCACUAUCUGCUGCACUUACGCAAAGAACUAUUUUCGUUCACGGUGAACAUGUAGUCACAAGUUUAUCAAAGGAAACAGCUAUUGAGGGUCGCGAUGCAUUUGUGAAAUCUCUAUAUGGCGGAAUAUUCAUCAGAAUUGUACAACGCAUAAAUGAGACCAUCAAUAAGCAGACGGGCAAGUUUGUCAAUUCUAUUGGAGUGCUAGACAUUUUCGGAUUCGAAAACUUUGAUAAUAAUAGUUUCGAACAAUUGUGCAUAAACUAUGCUAAUGAAAAUCUACAACAGUUUUUCGUUAAACAUAUUUUCAAGAUGGAACAAGCAGAGUAUAAAAACGAGGGCAUAAACUGGCAGCACAUUGAAUUUCAAGACAAUCAAGAAAUACUCGACUUAAUCGGUAUGAAAUCCGUAAAUAUAAUGUCACUUAUUGAUGAAGAGUCUAAAUUCCCUAAAGGCACUGACUACACGUUACUGGAAAAACUCCAUGUUCAGCACGGAAAUCGUUCCAUAUAUGUCAAGCCCAAAUCAAACCAACCUUCGUUAUUUGGCAUACGUCAUUAUGCUGGAGUGGUUAUGUACAACCCACAUGGAUUUUUGGAGAAGAAUCGUGAUGCAUUCAGCACUGAUUUGCGUGAUGUUAUAAGCAAAUCUACAAAUAAAUUUUUAGUUGGUAUAUUUCCGACAGAUGUGCCGAGUGAUACUACAAAGAAACAAGUCACUCUGUCAGUUAAAUUCCGAAACUCCUUAGAUUUGCUCAUGCGUACUCUUUCAUCCGCUCAUCCGUUCUUCAUAAGAUGCAUCAAACCGAAUGAGUUCAAGAAACCAAACCAAUUCGACAAAGAUCUGUGCGUGCGUCAACUACGUUACUCUGGAAUGAUGGAAACAGCGCGGAUCCGUCGCGCAGGUUAUCCAAUACGUCAUACAUAUAAAGAUUUCGCAGAGAGAUAUCGUUUACUACUACCAGGCAAGAGUCCAAUUAAUCAAAAUAAUUAUCGUAGUGUUACUGAAGAAAUUUGCAAAAAACUACUGCCAAAGAAUUCAGAUCACCAGUUCGGCCGCUUAAAGGUAUUUCUUAAAGAUUGUGACGAUAACUAUUUAGAGACCGAACGAUCACGUAAAAUACUAAAAUCGAUUAUAACAUUGCAACGUGGUUUCCGAAAAGUAUUAUUCAUGCGCUACCUACGCAAAUAUCGUCAAGCAGUGGUCACAAUACAAAAGACCUGGCGCGGUCACAAGCAAAGACGUGACUUUAAGGUAAUGCAACGGGGUUUCCAUCGUCUCGCAGCAUGUGUAGCAGCGCAAGAACUAACAUAUCGCUUUUCCUUGUUGCGUAUACGUAUUACCAAACUACAGUCUUAUUGUCGUGGUCGUUUAGUGCGACAACAAUUCCAAGCAAAACAUGGUGAACGUCUGAUGAAACUACGCGAAUUGCAUCAAUUGCGCAGGAUGGAAGAACAAAAACUUAAACAAACUGGAGACAGACAUUGGCAAGCUACAGCUGAGGCCAAUCAUCAACGACGAUUGCAAGCCUUAAAUGGCGUUGCAGUUAAUGGCAGUACCGCAACAGUAAAUGGUAAAGAAGCAUUACCUAAUAAUCAUAGUAGCAAUGGUAACAGUAGCAAUAUAGAGAAUAUCGAUAACAACAACUACAUAGACGUGGAGUCAUCAAAACAAAUUGUGGAUGAUGUUUUUGGAUUUUUGGAUGAUGCUGAUCCCCUACGAAAGGCAAUUUCGACUGGCGGUACUAUACGUAUGCCAAAGCCCAAAGCAACGCAACUGGACAUAUCGGAGUACAGCUUUGCCAAGUUUGCUGCUACGUAUUUCAAUUCUACUGUUUCUGGACAUUACAGCAAGAAACCACUGAAAAAAUCGCUUCUGGAUCAUGACUUGCCAAUCGACGAAAUUGCGGCACAGGUCAUUUGGGUAAUGAUAUUACGUUUCAUGGGUGAUAUGGCUGAAGCGAAAUACGACGAGGACUUUGAAGCUGAUCCUGUUGCUGAUCAUAACAAAUUUGGGACUAUUAAAUCUAGCGUUAUGCAGCGUUUGACACAAAAUCUUUCCAAGAGUGUUGUGCAGAAUAAGGAAUUUCAGGAUGCGCUUCAGUCAAUGGGUGAAACAAAUCAUCAACGUCUCAUACGUAAAACUUUGAAACGAAAAACAAAGCUACCAGAUGUGCUGCGCAAGGCUUUGGACAAUAGCGAGGAGCUCGAAUAUUAUCAGCAAGUGAUCACUAUACGAAAUAGCAACUUGGAUAAAUUACAUUUUAUAAUUGGACAUGGCAUAUUGAGACCAAAUCUAAGAGAUGAAAUUUUAUCACAAAUCUGUAAGCAACUUUCCAAUAAUCCUUACCGAACAUCUUUUGCUAAGGGUUGGAUAUUGCUGUCGCUUUGCAUUGGGUGCUUUCCACCAAGUAAGCGCUUCGAAAACUACUUACGUUGCUUUAUACGUAAUGGUCCAACACUAUUUGCUCCAUAUUGUGAAAACCGUUUAGAUCGCACGAUGAAGAAUGGGCCACGCACACAACCACCCUCUUGGCUGGAGUUACAAGCGACACGUAAUAAAUCACCUAUUGCUCUGCAAGUUUACCUUAUGGAUGGGAAUGUGAAAAAGCUCCAAGUGGACUCAGCAUCUACAGCUAAAGAAGCCAUCCACCAGCUAGCCGAACACAUGGGUUUGAUUGAUUAUUUUGGUUUUUCAAUUGUAGUUUCACUAUAUGACAAGGUUAUGUCUUUGGGUAAUGGACGUGAACACAUACUAGACGCUAUUUCUAAUUGUGAACAGUACACGAAAGAGCAAGGACAUAAUGAAAGAAAGGCACCUUGGAAACUUUAUAUGCGAAAAGAAAUGUUUUCAACGUGGUACGAUCCAGCACUAGAUCAGUUAUCAACUCAUUUAAUAUACAAGCAGAUCGCCCGUGGCUUAAAUUAUGGGGAGUACCGAUGUCGCAAUGAAAAGGACAUUGCAAUGAUUUGUGCAUUGGAGUAUUAUGCGGAAAAUGGCGCAAUUUUAGAUGACUCAAUCUUACGUAAAUUGAUUCCAGAUAUAGUACCCAAAGACUUGUUGUCAACCGGAGAAAAAGCUAUGAAAAUGUGGGAGUCGCUGAUAAGAGAAACUUUUCUAAGUAAUGAAUAUGUCAAAACACGUGCACCACAAUACCAAGCCAAAGAAGACAUCUGCUUAUUUGCACAAAUCGCUUGGCCAAUGAUGUUCUCACGUUUCUUUGAAGCUGUAUUAACUACUGGACCGAAAUUGACGACUGACAGUUUAGUCAUUGCAAUAAACUCCAAUGGGGUAUAUUUCAUAGACGAAACUGAACAGGUGCUUGCCGAGCUGUGCUACGCCGAAAUAGCCACCGUAUAUGCGGUCUCCGAUGAAGGUACGAAUAUUGCGGAACUACACUUAGAUACAGUGCAAAAUGAGGACUUUGUGUUUAAGUGUUAUGAGUCAUACGAUGUCGCGGUGCUCAUAAAUUAUAUGUUGGAUAAUCUGAAACUACGCUCUAAGUAUGGUAUAGCAAUUCAAAACUAUCAACCAAGUGAAUUAGAAGCAGACACUCACCUACGUUUGGAGAAAGGAGAUUUGGUACAGUUUGAUACUGGCGUAACUGGUGCUGAAGUAUUAGAUGUGUGUAAUCAAGUUGCUUACGGCACUUGCAACGGUGAGAAGGGUUUGUUCCUUACAAAGGUGGUAAACGUGUUGGCAACCUUAGCGAGACCAACAAAAAAAAUUGUACAGAUCUAUAAGGAUAGCAUGGAGCAUGAGAAAGAAAGAAAAUUUAAAACUGCAACCAUUUACAAUACCGUACAGAGACAGCGUAUGCACACGUUGCAAAAAUUUGCAAAGGAACAUUUCAGGGUAACAAUACAAGCACAAUUGGGGCAUAUGCAUACAGCUAGAGCAAAGGACGAGGAACUUUGGCGUCAUUCUCGAGAUUUGUUAAAAGCUCCACUACUUAAACAAUUACAACAAAAAUCAGAACUAUUUGAGCAGGCAGUUCUUAUGUUUCAGAAUGUGCUAAGAUACAUGGGUGAUAUACCACAUGGUAAACAAACUGUCAAUACCGAUCUAAUAUUCGCGCCGGCCUUGACUGACGAGAGUCUAAGAGAUGAACUUUAUUGCCAGCUUAUGAAACAGCUAACCGAUAAUCGCAUGCAGCACAGCGAAGAACGUGGUUGGGACUUGUUGUAUUUGGCUACAGGAGUGUUUUUUCCGUCCAGCUUAGUUAUAAGGGAGCUGUAUGAGUUUUUGCGUAGCAGACCACAUGUACUUGCUGCGGAGUGUUUGAAGCGCAUUAAGCGCACACUUACAAAUGGGCAACGACUUUUUCCUCCUUACAUCGUUGAAGUCGAAGGUAUACAACAUCGUUGCAUGCACAUAUAUCAUAAGAUUUAUUUUCCAGACAAUACUGUGGAAGCCUUUGAAAUUGAGUCUUUUACACGAGGUGCUGAUUUAUCACAAAGCAUUGCUAACCGUUUAGACUUAAGGUCACGCGAAGGAUUCAGUAUAUUUGUUAAAAUUAGUGAUAAAGCCUUCUCUGUUCCAGAGAAUGUGUUUAUAUUUGACUUCCUCAGCGAACUGAUGCAAUGGGUAAAAUUGAACAUGCCUACGCGCAACUCAGAAACACAAAUCAGUUGCCAGUAUCAGCUUUAUUUUAUGAAGAAACUAUGGUUAAACACAGUUCCAGGCAAGGAUAAGAAUGCUGAUAUGAUUUUCUACUACCCACAAGAACUACCGAAGUAUCUGAACGGCUACUACAAGAUCAGCAAAGAACUGGCUAUCAAAAUCGCUGCAUUAAUUUACAAAGCCGAUCAUGGUGAUAUGCUGGCACCAUUACAGCGUAUACAUGACGUGUUGCCACAUCUGGUACCUGAAGACGUUAUUCCCUUAAUGAAAUCUCAAGAAUGGAAGCAACAAAUUUCCAACAAUAUAAAAGUACUAAAUGACCUCAACUUGAACGAAACUCAAGCUAAGCACAACUUCUUAACGCUUUUAGAACAGCAGAAAAUGUUUGGUUCAACAUUCUUUCUGGUGAACCAAACGAAUACACAGAGCUUACCAGAGACUAUAUUGGUUGCUAUUAACCGUCACGGAUUCCACAUAAUCGAUGUUGAGACGAAGAAUAUCUUGCAAUCUCAUGAUUACAAUGAGCUUAGCUUCUGGAGUUCUGGUAAUACAUAUUUCCAUAUUCAUUUCGGUAAUAUGAUUGGAGCUGAUAAGUUAUUAUGCAGCACUACCCAUGGCUACAAAAUUGAUGAUUUACUUACCUCAUAUAUUAAAUACUUUUCCGAAAAAUCACAAAAAUAAAAUUAAAUUUUAUCUUUAA